AUGCGCUUACUGUGGUCGUUAUCAGCACUGGCUCUCUCAGCCGAGGCCAUCAAAACAGCAGGAUGUCCUCUUUUAGGACCGGCAUUCCCAGCCCCUACUGCCCUGUCAAACGAUCCCACUUUCCUCAGCAAAGCUGAAGAACUGACCUUCAAGCUCAAUAAAGCCGUUGAGGAUGGAGGCCUACCUUCCAUAUCGUUCGCAGUGCAGGUCUUCAGCAGUGAAGAAGACGAUUCGGCAUUUGAUUUCUACCACACAGAUCAUCCAGUUACAGUUGGAUCUGUUGGUGUUCAAGAGGUCGACGAGGAUACCAUGUUUCGCAUUGGUAGCAUCUCAAAACUGUGGACUAUGUUUCUCUUCAUGACCUUUGAAGGAACACGGUACUUCCACGAGCCCGUUUCGAAAUACGUGCCUGAGCUGCGAACAAAGUACAGCCCAGCACAAGCAAAAGAUAAAAUUAAUUAUUUGCAAUGGAGCGACGUGACUAUCGGCGAACUGGCUAGUCACCAAGCGGGCCUUGCAAGAGACUAUGCAUUUGGCGAUCUUGGAUUUAAUUCGGAGCUUUUACAAACCUUUGGAUUCCCUUCGCUCCCAAAGAAAGAGAAGUUGACUUGUGGGAGUGAGUAUCCAUGUGAUAGGAAAGAUCCCUUGACUUCGACCUCACAGACACCGAUAUACUCGAACGCAGGGUAUCAAAUUCUUGGCUACGUAUUGGAGUCAAUCGCAAAAGCCGACUAUGAAGACAUAUUAAUGGACCUUGGUUUGAUUAUGAGAUUGGCGAAGAAGCUCCUGCUGGGGGAAAUUUUCUCUUCCGCAAAGGAUAUGGCCACAUUCGGCCGUGCCGUUCUUUCCAGCGCCCUUGUUAACCCUGCCGUGACAAGACGGUGGCUGAAGCCCGUAACACACACAUCAUCCCUGCAACACUCCGUGGGAGCCCCCUGGGAGAUCUAUACAUUUUUAACACCUCGCCGGGUUGAUAUGUACGCUAAAGCUGGGGACAUCGGACUGUACUCCAGUUUUAUCGGCCUUUCACCAGAUCACAACACCGGUAUCACGGUUUUAGUUGCCGGUAAUAACUCUCACACGAUGACAUCGACAAUCUCGGAGAUGGUUUCCGAUAUCAUACUUCCCACGCUCGACGAUGUCGCCAGAAACCAAGCCCUUGAAAGAUUUGGGGGUACAUAUGCCUUGACAGAAGGCUCCUCCAAUUCCUCAAUUACCAUCACUGCCGAUGACGGGGCUGGCUUGGUAGUCUCAUCAUGGACCAGCGACUCGGCGGAUAUGAUCGAGACUAUAAUGAGGUUACAACAAGUGAAUGAUCGCUCUGCGAUAAGCAUUCGUUUACAGCCUAGCGGUCUCGAAACCCCAGGGCGGAUCUCUUUCUUGGCUGUUAUCUAUCAUCUUACCGUGUCGGAAGAUGCUGGGCCCCUUGUUGGAUCCUGCUUUUCGUGGAUUUUGCUCGAGUCCAUGGUAUAUGGCAACGUGGGUCUCCCAGAGUUUGAGUUCACACUGGAUCACGAUGGGGAUGCGACGAGCUUAUCCCCUCGGGCGUUGCGCGUUACUCUGCCUAAGAUUUAG